AAAGUGGCAGCAGGAGUUGGGGGGCUCAUCCAGCACUGUCUGGCUAGUGGCAGCAGGUGAGCCUAGCAGAGCCUGACACUGCUUCCAUCUGUCAAAGGGACAGACUCAGGCAGCUGUGGGAACCCAGGUAGCUUUGGGGCCCUUCCCCCAGAGCCCAGAGGUACAGACCAACGGGCCACCAGCAGGACAUGAGCAGCAGGAAGUGUUUGCUUACAGAUCCCCCUAGGGAGAAGUCGGGGCCACAGCUGCCCCAAGGGCACAGACUGGCCUCUCCCUCCCCCAGCCCCACUAACACCUGGGGCCAGCCAAAGCCCCAGAGCAGCAGCCAGCAGGCACCGGAGACUCAGGACUGGGUGAGCGAACCACAGGAGAGCCGGUACCCGAGUCGCCACUGGAGCCUCAGCAUUGAUGAGCGGAGGCAGCGGGCCACACGGGGCUCCGCCGGGGUCUGCGCCCACUGCCCGGACCUCCUGCGGGUCUUGACCCAGCUGGCGGACGAGGUUGUGGACAAGGACGUGCUCAUCCCCCACCCGAGGCCGCCUGCCCACUCCACCUUCCCUGGCCGCGCCCUACUGGCCCUCGGCGAGCCUUCCACACACAACGUGACUUCAGGGGCCCAGGCUUCCAGGUGGCCGCCCUCCUAAGAGCCCGCCCACCCCCACCACCUGUCUUGCAGCACCUUUCCAGGGGAAGCAAAGCCACUGUGGGCCCUCCUCACGGACACCUCACCCUGUGGGGCAUGACCAGCCUCCACCCCACCAGACUGCUGGGCUCGGGAUGCCUUCGUGGAUCGCACAGCCAGAUGCCCCCUUCCUCCACCGCAGCCACUGAAAUUAAAUUUGUUCCAGGCCUGU